ACAAAGCGAAGUUCCGCUAAACGGCAUAGUCUGUUGUUUCAUCAUAAGUGUUGCAGCACCUCAGAUAACUCUAGACUUAUUGAAGUUUGUGCUUGUCAACAUUUCAACAUACGGAAGUUUUAUAACAGGGGGAAAUAUCAUCAAGACCCAGCACAGAAACGCAAACAUUGUGUAAACUGGUACGUUCAAUAUGGCGUUUGCCACUGAAACGUAUUAUGAAAAGAGCAGCUGUCAGGGUGACCGGCGCAUUGGAGAGCAUUGUCAUUUAGUGGACAUCGGAUAGUUUGUUAUCGAGCUUUAACUGUUUUGGCGAGUUUAUAGUCUUCUUUUUUUUCGACGAGUUAGUCGUUUCCAGCUCUGACUAUCCAAGAUGGCGGCGCCCACAGACGACAACGAAUGGGUAGAAGAGGAACAGUUAGUCUUGGUUGAACUAUCGGGAAUUAUAGAUACAGAUUUUCUAUCCAAAGAAAGAAGAAAAUGCAAACUGCUGGGAGUUGAGACAAAACAGCCGGUGCUGCAAAUAGACCGUUACAUAUUCACAGGCGAUUACAAAGAUACUUUAGGAACGGCCGUGAUAUUUGAGGAAGUAAACGGCCCCGGUGAUGACAAGCAAUUGAAAUACAACUGUCAUACUUUCAAAAGACUGGAAAUGAAUAGGGCAUUUCUUAGUGAGAGGAAGGACACAACUCAAGAAGCAACUGCUUCUAGUGAUACGGUUGUCAUAGAAACUGAUUGAGAAUCAGAAUCCUCUGUACCUAGUCACUCUGGCAAUAACACAACUGUAGAAUAGUGUGACUCCAUAUUUCAAUCUUACACUUGGUGACUUUAUGCCAUGAAUUGAUGCCUUAUACGAGGACACCACAAAAAAGUGUGGGUUUACAGGUAUAACCCUGCUGUUUUGGUCAAAAUCAGGUAAAUUGCGCAAGGGUGCCUGCCAGAGUGUAAGUUACAAGAAUUUGACCAAAACUUUAGUUUAUAAACCCAUACUUUCAAGUGAGUGUUUCAGAUUUAUAACACGAAAAAACGAUGAAAUUGAAAGAUUCUGCAAUUGGUUGCAUUGCUAGUACACAGCACUGAAUGUAUGUUAAAGCGAGAGGGUUGUCACCUGCGCACACGCGGGAAUUGAGUCCCAAGCGACGAUAACAACACGCAUUAAAAACGCAAAGGCUCAUGGAUGGAUGCUUGUUUGUAAACAAUGACACGCUAUGGCCAUCUGACACAUGUGCAGGUGACAACACCCCCGCUUUAAUUUACAUAAAUACAAAAGACGUAUGCUUUGUUAUUUGCUCAUAAAUAAUUCAAUGUAUAACAUUUGAUUAUUGACAUGACAUUUCUAAUACCCGU